AUGGACGGUAUCUACAAGGUUCACAAACAGGAAGGUCAAGACCAGCACAAAAGGCCAUUCACAGAAGAGAAAUUCUCGGCACAAAACGUCGCCACAAUGGACUCGAGUCACAUAAGAGGGAAUCAGCAGCCCCGUGCCGUCCCUACUGCACGCUCUGAGGAGGUGGCCACCGAACCAGCCGAUCCUCUGCUGGAAAAGCCCGUCAAGUCAAGCAGCAAGAAACGGGCAAAAGCACGAAAAGACCGUGAAGGAUUGCAAGCACUCCUUAACAGAAGCAUGCAGGCCAAAAGUACCCCGAGCCUGAACUUGAUGGACUUGAUGAAGAAAUAA